AUGGCGCCACACAAAUCCGGAAGCACUUCCCAAGAGGCCAGUGAGACGACGCCGCUUCUGGCUGUUGGAGAGAUAUCAACCGUUGCCGAUGCAGCCUCGGCAUGCGCGAUUGCCAAGAUCGCCGGGGAAACCGGGCAGAAACCCACGUCAGACACAGACCAUGGCCCGGCAGACUCGGCCCGGAAUGACCUGGAAGGCGACACUAACGUAGAUCAAGACGAGGACAUGCCCAAGGCCCAGGUCUUUUGGCUUUGUGUUGCCCGUCUGAUUGAGCCCAUCGCCUUCUUCUCUAUCUUCCCCUACAUCAACGAAUUCGUGCGUCGCAGCGGGGACGUUCCCGUCGCCCAGGUCGGCUUCUACAGCGGCUUGAUCGAGUCCAACUUUUCGCUAGUCCAGGCCAUUGUUAUGGUCUUCUGGGCGCGUUUAUCAGAUCGAAUUGGCCGUAAGCCCGUCCUUAUGGCUUCUAUGGUCGGCGUCACCGUCUCGACGUCCAUGUUUGGUUUUGCCCAGACCAUCCCACAAAUGAUCAUGCUUCGAAUGCUUGCUGGUGUGUUUUCGGGUACACUAGUUACCAUCAGGACCUGCCUGGCCGAGCUGAGCACGCCAGGGACGCGGGCUAGAAUCUUCAGCUGGUUUGCCUUUUCCGGCAACCUUGGCAUAUUUCUGGGCCCUCUUAUCGGUGGCAUUUUGGCAGACCCUGUCGGCCAGUAUGGGGGCCUAUUUGAGAGGAUUCCCCUCUUCUCCCAGUAUCCCUAUGCACUACCCAGCCUUGCUGUUGGCGCCACCAGCGCCGUUUCUACAAUUGUGUGCAUGUUCAAGGUUAAGGAGACCAAAGGCGCAGGCAAAGGGGCAUCAUCCUCCAGUGCGCAAUCUGCAGCCGACAAGUCCAUGCCGAUCCGCGAGCUUCUGCGCGAGCCUGGAGUCCUCAUUGUACAGUACGUCGGGGCUCAUCUUGCCCUGCUGGCAUUUGCAUACACAACCAUCUGCCCGUUAUGGUGGUGGACUACUGUCGAUCUCGGUGGCUUGAGCUUCAACUCCUUUCAGAUGUCAUUGCUGAUGGCGCUCAACGGUGUUGCGCAGGCCCUAUGGCUGAUCUUUGGCUUUCCGCCUCUACACCGCCGUCUCGGGACCAACGGUGUCAUGAGACUGUGCGGUACCGUCUACCCUCUGUUCUUUGCCAUCUCUCCUGUGGCCAACUAUUUGCUACGCGCCGGAUACACGAACCUUUUUUGGUCUCUUUACCCGCCGGCGCUGGCGAUCGGGUGCGGCGUUGCCAUGUCUUUUACUGCCUGCCAGCUUUCCGUCAACGAAGUCAACCCUGGACCCACGGCGCUGGCGACCAUCAACGCCCUGCAAAUGAUGAUUUCUAGCAUAGUCCGUGCCUUCACGCCUGCAGCUGCUAAUAGUCUGUUUGCUAUCGGGGCCGAGACGCAGUUCCUGAACGGCUACGCGAUCUGGCUGCUCAUGUCCUUGCUAGCAGCAGGAUUUGGUAUUGCUACGAGGUUUUUGCCGGACUACGAGGCCUUACGACUGCAGAGACUCAAGCGGGAGGCCGAGGCGGGAAGGGUUGAUGUGCCUUCUUGA